AUGAGCGAUCAUCCGGCCGAAAAUGGAGACCCAGCGCCAUUCAAUCUGGGACUAUUAAAUUCCAAGCAUGUCUAUGUGUUCCUUACCGCCUUGGAAAAGAUAUUGGCGUCUGAGAUUGCGGAAACAACUUUUUCAGAGAUUGUAGAUGGUCUGCCAAUGAAGGCUACCUGGCUGCAAUAUGACAAUUGGAAAGAGGACCAUCCCGUGAAUGUACUGGGCCAUGAGAUGAUGUGUGACGGGGCUCGCGAGAAAGCGAGAAGGUUUCGCGACGAGCUCGAUAUUUACAUGCUGUCUUUCCCACCAAAUUACCCAGCUGGCAUCGCGGAUGUGGUUGGGUAUUGGGCGGAAGCCAGAAUCUUUGGCGGUGUUGUGGUAUUCGAUCGUGGACCAUCUGGGGUUGAGCCGGGCGAUUGCCCAUGUCCCCUGCCCAUCAAGUCGUCACAGUUGAAUGGUUACCGCUACAAUCCGCAUGACGCCAUGUCGCGUUACAACAUAUUCCGCGAUCGAUAUGAGAGGAAUGAGCCGGAGGUGCGAAGCAAUCAUCGCGUGUUUAUGGAUGGGCGAAAUUGGCCGGAGGUCCAGUAUCUAUUCAAAUGGAUGGAGCUUCAGGAGAAAAAAGCGGCGGGUAUAGAUAUAGAUGAGGCAGAGCUGGCUGCAGUGGAAGAGGGCAUGCGGCGCAUCACGCCGUCGUCACCUCAAUGGUUCGAACCUGAAGGGGUGUAA